AUGCCAUCACUUAUUCAGUGGCAUCCAGGGGAUGCUGUAGUGUUUGUUUGCAGUGCUGAGGGAGAUAUUCAGGUACUUUGUUAAAUUUUACACUUUAGCCAUCAAUCACACGUUGACUUCAAAAUAGUCUCAAAGUUUGUAAUGCAUUAAUUAAAUUAUGUUAAUCCUACCAUAAUUAAAACAUUGAGAACUAAUAAUUUACAUUGCAGGGUACAGUUAGUUUAUGAAUAUGGAAGGUCUAAGAAACUUGGGGUUUUAAGAAUACUCAUGCCUUAAGGUGUAUUGAAACCUAUAUUAAGCCGCAACAUUGACGGUGCAUGUUUGACACUAGAUGUAAAUAUUAUUUCUCUUUACAAAAAGUAUGUCUACCCAAAAUUUUUGUUGUAACAUACAGUCAACUGAGAUCCACUUUUGUCAGUAACCAGUUGACGAGAGGGAGGGUACCCAAUACUGUAAUACCAUAAGAAAAAGUGGCAAAUACUAUCCUGUGGAUAAAGUUCUAUCCAGUUCCAGGCCAGUGGAUAAUGCAUUUUGUUUUCCUUAAUACUUAUCCACUGGUUAGUGAUUUAUCCAAUGGAUAGCACUAUCCAGCGUUGGAACUACUGGAGCCUGUUGUUAACUGUUAGUAAGUGCUUUUAUUGGUUAUUGAUGCUAUUUUGUUCUCAGAUAUUUGAUAUGGCUUUAGCUCCAGUGUUAUUACAGCUUGUAGCAGAGAACCCUUCUCCAAGGCAUUUGCUGGAACUGAAAAAACUCUUCACGUAAGCUGUUAAGAAAUGCAUGCAACAAUUAAGUGUGUUAUAUAUUUUAACACUUGACUCUGAAAUAGCCAAAGGAAACAAAUAAAAAAAUCUAAUUUCCUUUUGGAAAAAAAAUAUUAUGGAAAUUAACGAAACACAUUCUGCCAAAGAGGUUUCAUUUGAAUAGAAACACUAUGGGAUUACAUCCUUAGUUGGAGACUGAGUGACAAAUAAUUCCGCCAUAAUAUGUGGUCCAGGAGUGCAAACAUUAAAGCUCCAUAAAAUUUUGAAGGAAAAUUUGCCUACCUUUGGUAUCUUUAGCCGGUUCAAAUAUACCCCACAAAGUUUGAAAAAACAUUAAUUCACUUUCAUAAAGACAUUUUGAUAAAGACUUCUUCCUUGCUGAAGGUCCCUAAUUAUCAGAAUAACUGAUGAGCAUGUCAAACACUACCCAUAUGAAAUCUCAUGGACGUUGCAAAAGCAGUCUUGAUGAAUUCCUGUUUUGAUAUACUGUACAAUGUAGAUGCAUAUGAGGUGCAAAAUUAAUUUGACCACCUUUAAAAGGUAAAUGACCCAACUGAAAAUUAUUUCCGUAGAAUCCCAAUAAAACUGAGGAGUGUUUCCUGGUCCUGUGAAGCUCCCAUUGCAAACAUUGCAGAAAACAGUAUUGGUUGCCAUGACAACUUAAUUGUCUUACUUGACAGGUUUGUUAAGUUGCAAUAAUAUAAUGCUGGUAUUAAUGCUUAUACGUUCAAUAAUUUUCAGUAUUAUAAAAAUCCAUCCAUUUAAAGAGAAACAGGGUUUUCUUUAAGGUUUAAGUAGCUGGAGUUUUUUGAAAAGUAGACGGUUGUAGGUCCAGAGGAGCCAUAUGAUGGGCUAAAGCCCAUCAUUUCCAGGGGGACUCCGGGCCUGCUCCCCUGGAAAUUUUUUGAAAACUGAACACUGGAAAACGCAUCCUGGCAUUUUAGCCUUGAAACUUUGACAUCAGGGGGAUAAAUUAAGCUGCAAUUAUACCGUGAAAAUCAUCUUACUCAAAGAAAGACAAAGUGAAAUUUCAAAAUACAACCAUGAAAACAAGUAGUGGAAUGACAUUUUUUUGUAUCUUUAUGGUGGUUUUGCUGGAGCUAACGAUAGGGACUACAAAUUUGUAUUUUUAUUGAGCCUAAGUUUAGACCAGAUAAACAUCAUCCCCUCGCCAUAUCUUGACUCUUGAAGUAAUGAAAGUAGCGGCGAAGCCUUGCAGGGAAGCAGGCAAACUUCGCUGGCUACCAGCUCUUAUAUACAACCCUGGGGAAAUUGUGCGGAGGUCAAUAGAUUUAACCAAGAAUAGUUUGAAGCAAAGUUUUUCUUUUGGUACUAAAACACCAACAAACCAACAUCAUGGCUAUCUGUCAGUGAUGACAAAAAAGCUAAAUUUCUGACUAAAACUGAACGGAAGAAAUGCAAGAAUAGCAACAUAUUGCUAUUUGAAUUUUAUCUACUUUUUGACGAGUAUUUGCAAGAAACCUGUUGCAUCUGUUUAUAUCCUAAUCCAUACCGAGGAGUCAGCCAAAGUUUUGAAGAAAGUCUCCUCUUGUCAUCAUAAGAACUUAAAAAUAUUUUGAAUAAAUAAUAAAACAAAUAUUAUUGAAUUCGGUUUUUUUGCAUGAUGUGGAGAGUUAUGGAGAUCUCAUCGAUCUGCAUAUAUAAUUCUUCACAUCAUACCCAGUCUCAUUCAAUAAUAAUUGUUAAAUAAGUUAUAAUACUGUGAUAAUUAAAUGGCUUACUUAUUUGUAAAGCCAUUUGAAAUAUUUAUUGUCUGGCAUUUUUUCUGUUUUUUAUGGUAGAGGCCCUUUGUGCCUUUUAAGAUUUGAACUUGGUGUCCUCACUAAUGGAAGGCUUGGUACCGUUGAGAUGGUGUCUGAGUACAUCAAACAUGAUCAAGCUGAAGAGGUACUUGUAAAUGAAUAAAUUUUUAUUAAAAUGUGUUUAUAUUAUUAUUAUAUAUAUAUUUUUUUAUUACUAAUAGUAUUGUAAUUAGGUUAAGCAGUGAAUAGUAUUUAAGAUCAUUUAAGAGCCCAUCCACUUUCCUUCAACUUUGGGGGCAGAAACUGUUGGUCUGGUUUUCCUCCCUGUUAAAAUCACUGAGUCACAAUUAAACCUCUGUUGAUCAUGAUGGUAAUUAAUUUCAAUCUGCCAUACAGGUAUAUGGCUCUGUAACGGGCGUAUGGAGAAUCCGGAAUCCAGAACCGGAGCCGGAAACGGAAACGGAACUCGAACCCAAACCCGAACCUAAGAAAUAAAACUUGGAGACAUUUCUGUCUUAAGAGUGUCACUAACAACUAUUGCUCGAUCAAGACUUUUCAUCCCCACAUUAUACUUAUUUAUUGUUAUUAUUGUUUUUACUGUCGCAUUUUUUGUGUACGGCGCAAAAUUUUUCUUCGAGAAUUUCAUAUACGCGUGAGCGUUGCAACUUGGGAUCGUGAUUUACAUGAGUACUCCUCCUCCCUUUGCCGCCUUUUCCUCACAAUGGAGGAAACACGGAGCCCUUUUAAGAAAUGAGUAACUUAGGCUCAAGAGAAGGAAAUGAAUAACACAGCGGUCUUAAACAUCACAUUCUAAUAAUGGCUGUUUUUCGCAGUCAACCGGCUUCUGAUUAGUUGUAGUCUCGAUCUGUCAAAAAUUGCUCGACCUACAGCUGCAGUCACAGUUUAUGACUGCUAGGAAUAACAGCAGGAUGCACUUACCUUUUUUUCUUGCAAGUCACUUUCCGAAUGUGAGUAUACCUUUGGUAUCACGAUCACUGUGCUGAAAAUUUCGCAAAACAAUGAUAACAGAGGACGCCAUCUUGAAUUUUAUUCCCACACGGGUAUCGGGAACUGGUUUCAGUGCUUCCCAGUUUACCCUGAUCUCAAUUUAAGUUCCGGUUCCGGUUCCGGUUCCGUUUCCGUUUCCGGCUCCGGUUCCGGAUUCCGGAUUCCGGAUUCCGGAUCCCGGAUUCCUGCUUCUCCAUACGCCCCUCUGUAACACUCCUCAAGAUAUGGGGUACAGCAACUUUAUUCUUAUUAGUUUUCAGAGGAAGGGUGAUCAUGAUGGUAUAGCUCUGUAACACUAUGGGAUAUGUGAUACACUGAAGUCACAUUCCAUUUGCCUUCAUACACAGCGAUAGCUUUCCACUGACAUGUGCUGUCCUUGUCCAUUUAAGUGAUUAUAUUUUUGGUGGUUGAAUAUCAUUUAAUGAAGAUUUACACGGCUUUGUUUGAAUCCCAGUUUGACGCGGGACUCUGGGAUUCUCAACUCAGUGGUGUUUGACCAUUUCCCACAAAAGGCAGCUUCCCUUGCAGGCGUUUUCAGGGUAGCCUCCCCGCAGACGUCCUUUGGGGUUCGUUUGUCACGCAUUCAUUUCUUCCCCACGGACAUCUGCUAAACACAGCCGACAUUUACGUUCUGGAGUGUUUGAAUAAGCCAAUAAGUGGUUAGUUAUUGUGUCACGAUCAGCCAAUCACGCGCUGUUAUAUAAGUGAUGUCUCCGUAUUCUCAAGUGAAUUACUUAUUUGCACGGCUAUCUUCUCUGAGACGACUCAAACGUUUUGAAAAAAUCACAGAAACGAUGCAAUAAAGCUGCAGUCAGCUGUAUAUUUUUUCGGAAGUUGUGACUAUAAAAUAAUCUGCUCUUUGAAAGACUUCAGACAACAGUCUCUCACACGAGCGCUGAGCGGUUUUUAGCGCGGUCGAAAACAAUAAUUAGUAUUAACUCUGUACAUAUUCGAAGUAUUAGGAAAAGAGAAUCUCGAUCUUUCAAAGAAAGAAAAAAUGCUUAUAAUCAAUAAAGCAUUGAACCUUUCAAUGUUCAUUGUAUUUUAUUUCUCGACGAAAUAUUGAAUCAUGCUAGGGAAAGUCGCCGACCAAGGACCACAUACUAACUGUACAAGUCCCUCGCUAGCAUUUCCUACACCGAUCGAUCUUCAACCAAGCUUCUGGGCUUCGGUAAACAACAGAGAAAGUCCCUCUCUCGACAGCCCUCAUAUCCUCUUUGCUAAUAUCACUGAGUGUUACAGCAGGAAUACCAAAAUUUUCCAGCUUUGUCAGCUUUGUAGAUUGAUCUUUCAAGAUUUACCAGGGGAGAAACAACAACAACAAUAAUGUCCAGUAGUUCCACGCACUGUGUCGCAAACAAGCAGCAAAGCUUGAUAGAUAAGGGAUUUGCCAAAUCCCGUCUUCAAAUUUAUGAACUCAUCGGUCUUCGUUAUAAAAUUUGCAGGAUAGCUUCUCUCUGAUACUUGUUUAACUCUGUAUUAAUUACAAAUUUCUCGCACACUCGAUCAAAAGCCUCACUGAUCGUGCGAAUCUUAAGAAGCGGCUCGGGUUACGUUUUACAAAAAUCCGUAAACGGCCUGUGAUUGGUGAACGUAAAUGUCGGCUGUGUUUAGCAGACGUCCGUGGGGAAGAAAUGAAUGCGUGACAAACGAACCCCAAAGGACAUCUGCGGGGAGGCUAUUUUCAGGGGAGCUCGUUUUUCAUCCCUUGAUCCCCACAAAUGCUUGCUCAACCGAAAACAACAUUCCUUUCCCAUUGUUUUAUUUGCGUGGUAAGUGACCAAUUAACAGUUGCGAAAUAAAGUGUUGACAGGCUAAACACGACUAAAACGUGACCCUAGAGUUUUCCUUCUUUUCUUUCGUUUGCUAAGGUUAUGCAGUGCAUGAGGUAUUCUAAAAUUUGACUAAAUCUUACUUUUGCUGCUUUAAUUUGAAUCUAAUGUGUAUUAGAGGUCAGAAAGCUUUCCCAGUGUUUCAUACAGAUCAAGUAAUUAUCAGAUUCCCCUGCGGUGAAGGCCAACUUUCCAAAAUUUUGUAAGUACAAUGUGAUUGGCUAAGCUUGGGAAAGAAAUGUUGUCUUCGGUUGAGUAGGCAUUUGUGAGGUUGAUCAUAAUUUGUUCAAGUCUCUGUUAAUUAAAUUGUAGUGAUGUUUUAUAUUACACUAAGCUUAAUUCUUGGACGGAAAAUCGGGGUAUUAAGAUAAAGUUCAGUGAUUUGACUGUAUUUUUGCUUUAACAGGCAGUCAACUUUCUUAAUAGUAUGAACUGGAACACAGAGGGUAGAGCAUGUUUUGCCUGCUUAAUGCUCAUAAUGAACUACCUUUUGAAACUUCCACUUAAUUCAGAGAGAGAAGGUGUGAACAAAAUAUUUUUCCUACUCUUAAUUCUCACACAUCCAACCAUGUUUGGUACAGAAAUAUCUAAUCUUUUUUUUCAAUUUUUUUGUCGUUUACUCUAAUAAGCUGUCAAAUUCAUUAAGUCGCCUUGAAAUGUUGUAUAGCUAUAACUUUACAUUAAUUCUCUUGGUUUGAAAGUAUUAUUGAAUUUUAAUUAGUUUCUAUUGUUCUUUUGAAAGAUUAACUUCAUCAUUCACAUUAAUUUGAGUCAUACGUAUUUGAUUUUAUUACAUCAAUGGUGUAUUAAAAAAAUCUCCAUAAUAACGCUCUUAAUUGUUGUUUCUGAAGAAGCACUGGGCGUGUUGUUUGUGCAGGUACUGCAUGUUAUACACUUGUCUGUUAUACAUAUCAAAAAACUUCAGGUCUUUUAGAAGAGGCACUGGGAAGUUUCUAUGCUCCUAGUCGACCAUUAUCAGAUGUUACAGUGUUGGAGUUCAGAGAGCCAAUCAGCAAGCUUUCCAGAAGGUUCUUUCCCCGGGGGGGGUACUUUAGGAAUUUCUGGGUGGGGAUGUGCCGCUGGGACCCUGGAACCCUUAACCUAUACCAGAGCUAGUUCAGCUGAAUUUUGCUACCCUAUACUAGAGUAAACUCCCCAAAUCCCCCUAUCCUAGAGUAGCUGUUUACCUAGUCUACAUAAAAUCCUCAACCAACUGAUCAGUUUCCUGAAAAAUGAUACCCUAUUCUAGACAUUCUAGACCCAAACGCUCUGAUUUAUAUACCCUAUCCUAGAGUAAACUGCUUGAAAACCAUACCCUUCACAGCGGCACAUACCUAUAUAGCCCAUAUAUGGCAGUACCCCCCCCCGGGGUUCUUUCACCACUUACUCAGGUGUUAAUCUGAAAUCAUUUUAUUAUAUUAUCAUUAUGCAAAUAAACACUCAUAUAUAAGCUGCACCCUCUCUAUUACAAGUAGCUAAGAGGCUUUUAUUGCUUUCCAUUUUGGUGCCAUUGAAAGAGGCUCAAAUUUGCUAUACUCCAACUAUAUAAUUAAGCACUUUUCCUGGGGCACUUUCUUGAAGCACUUAAGAGGUCAAGAUUGGUAAGCCUAAAGAAAACUUAAUUGAUAAAGAAUUAGAACAUUAUUUUGCUUUGAAUAUCAAGUGCAGAAAUUUGUUUUUGCAUUUCAGUAAUAGCCCCUCUUCUUUUUUUAAUUGUAGAAAAAUCAGUGUUGCAGUAAUUUUAUUAAAAAUGAUAAUUGAAUUGUCCUUAUUAAUGUUAAUGAGCACUACUUGUAUUAUUACCAUAUACAGUUCUUUGUAUUUCUGCCAUACUCCCCAAUUGCUUUUGUUUCUCUUAUUUAAAAUAUGCAGUCACUGAAAUAAAUUGAUACUUUUAUUAACAAUAUUGUGGAAACUGUGUUGGUAUAACCUAAUUUCCAGCCAAAAAGGUCACAAUAAACCACUAUCAUCUUUUCGUUGUCUUCCAUUGACUAAUUAAAAAUAUUAAUUAGAAUGAGCCACUGAGAGUUGUCGGCAAUGCCUUAAUCUUAAUAUUUCAUCUAGCUUAAUUUCUUGAUUAUAUUAGAACGUUCUUAGCUGACUUCAUGUUUGUUAACUGUAGAUAUAAGAGGUUUGAGAAAGCCUUUUUAUUGGCUGUAGACAUUGGAGCUAAAGACCUCUCCAUGGUAAGUUCUUCUCCAAUUUUUAUUCUUUUUCAGUGGUAUUGCUUAUAAAGCUGAAAAAGCCUCCUUUCAUUGUUCAACAAUAGCCUUUUACUUAUGUAGGUUGUACUUGACAAAGUCUACAUAAAGCUUUACAAAGGAGCAAGAUGUUUCAUUUAUUUUCACCAUCAAAAGUAGUCAGACACAAUAUACCUUCAAAGACAAUAGAUCAAAUUCUAGUUUAUAUUAAUUAAUAUAAACUAUCCUCAGUACAAUUUCUGAUAAUGAUUAAUUUCACCAAAAAAUAUCAAAAAGUGUAUUUAAAUCUCAAGAAUACAAUUCAAAGUAAAAAUUGCCAAUGAAUGGUGAUAAUCAAGAGCAUUAUUGUUGUGCUGGACUACCACCUCCUCUUUUUAGUUAAAGAUCAAUAAGAAGCAUUUAAUAUUUGAUUGCUGUUUUUUUCGUGUAACACGUACUAUCAAAAAUGCCAUAUAUCAAUGUUAAAAAUUAAGAUCAAUCAAUGAAUCAAAAUAAAUUAGGGAAAUAAUUUUGUAUGCAACUAUCUUGCUCAGAUUAAUUUUUCUGCAGUUUUAUUGUGUACAAAAUAUUCUGAGAAAUAUUGUUUUACCCAAAUGUACAGAUGUACAGAGCUUUGCUUUGUCUGUUGGUGUUUCUCAACAACCAACAAAUUUGAGCCCUAACUUGGGUCAUUAGAUUGUUCUUGGGUGAGACACUUUCCUCUUUUACUCCCACACCACCCAAGUGUAUUAGGAGGCACCAGUGAAUUUAUUGCUCUGGCUGGGAGGUAAACCAGUGCAAUAGGCCAGUUGCACUAAGAGGUCACGCGACCAAUGCUUCCUUUAAACGAUGAGUUGGAAUCUUGCUGAUGCCAAAAAUUGACAGAGCACAUAAAAAUUAUCUUACAGCCGAAAUUUGAGAGGAAUUCACAUUUAAGGGAGAUAUUUUAUGGCACAUUGGUUUUUCAACAAAGCAGUAUGAUUUGUAUUGGCUGCCAUGUUGGAGGACAUACUUUUGCCCUCCAACAAUUGGUGGCCAAAACUACUUUUUGCUUAUAUCUUGUUAAGCGUUUGAUAGUUACACUCAAAUGUUCUGUAAACGUUACCACAUUAUCUUUUCAACAUUUCCCUUGAACUUUAAGUGCAAAAUUUGUUCAGAAAGAUGUAAUUCCUAAUUUUAAAAAUCACAUUUUGGUCACAUGACCAGCUACGAACUUACUCAUUUUAAGAAAAUGGUGCGGGUUUGACAAACCAAAUCACUAUUAUUUUGUUUAAGAUAUGACGUCACUAAUCGUUUUUCGACGGCAAAAUCAUAUAACUUUCAUUUGCAUAAAAACGAUGUCACAUGACCUCUUAGUGCAAAUGGCCUAUAGACUUGCAUCCCCCUCAGAUGGGUGGAGCAGAAUAUUCCUAUUCCAACUUGCAGGCUCUAAUGCAGACUCAAUGACCUUUUACUAAGCAGCUGAACAGUGCGGCAACAUUUUGACCAAACCAGACGUAUUCUAAACAAUCAAUCAGAAUAAUUCUUGUUGCUUAAAUCUUUUAGGAUAUUCACUAUCUAGCAUGUGAUAUUGGUAAUUAUCCUCUAGCUGAAAUAGCAAAACAGAGAGCAAUUCAAAUUGAUAAUGAACCUCUUACGUCAGGUGGGUAGUUGUCUUUACUCCUUUACAUGGAAACCUGCCUUAUGACCAUAAGCACAUUCGUUUUGCCCAGCAAAUAAAUAUACUCAGUCAUUUUCCUCUUCGAAGCCUGGUUUAGUAUCCUCCAGAAAACUUAAAGUUGAGGAAGAAAAUUAUUAUAAUAAUGAGGUGGCAGUAGCCUAGAGUCAAAGGCAUGAGGUUGGGGGGUGGUAUGGAAGGGGUCACCCCGACCCACUGCCUCCAUUUGCAGGAGUCCAAUUGUAAUUUUAAAGGCCCAGAAAAGUGCAUUUCAGUGUAUUUUGAUCGACCAGGGGAAGGAUUUUAUCCAUGAUGGUGGCCUAUUUACCCACUUUUGCUUUUAUUAGUUUAUGCGAGUUUUUAGUGAACAGACGUGUUGAGAAACAAACGUCAGAUUUAGUGUCCCUCCAAAAAAUACUAGACUGUAAUUUUUUGCCAGAGCUUCUGGAGUACCCCCAUUUGUUCACACAAGCAGAUUUUUAUGGCCCUUGUGGCUGCAUGCAUGGUGUCCCAACAUUUUCGUCUAAGGGAAGUUUAACUCAAUUCUAGAAGUUUCUUAGUCAAAUGUUAGAAACUGUGACCCUGGCAUUGAUUGGAAUUAUUCUUUUCUGUCAUAGACACCGGUGAAUCUUAUGAUGAUGAACAUGACCUGACCUACACAGAUGACAGAUGA